CCGCAGUGGCAUGUUCCAGAACAGCUUUCAACAUAACUUAUCCCAUUUCUACCGUGUCCCUUUGCGUACUGUAGGUAUUAAACUGGGAGCAACAUCUGUUUCCUCUAGUCUCAUCCACACCCUCAUUCUGUCUACAUAUAAGCCACUCUAUUAAGAUGGCAACCACAUCUAAACAGCGCCUCGCGCUUGCGAUCUGCCAAUUUCUGUCGAAUUCUGUCGAAGAUGGCACCCUCAGCGCAGACGAUAAGGACUCCAUUGAUGUCGCCAUCAACUGUAUCGCCGAGUCGUUCAAGGUCGACCCUACCGACGAGAACGCGAUCAAGCAGACCGUUGGUGCUCAGGAUCUCUUGAAGAUAUACGGCGUGUAUGAGAAGCUCCAGAACGCCACCUCGAACCCAUCGGCCUCUUCCACCACACCUGCGGCCGCUGGAAGUAGCUCUGGUGCUACCCCCAGCACCAAAACUCCUACCGAGGACGAGAAGAAGAAGGCCGAGGGCCUGAAGGGCGAAGGAAACCGAGCCAUGGCCGCCAAGGACUACCAAAAGGCCAUCGACCUCUACAGCCAAGCCCUAGCUCUACACCCUGGCAACGCCAUCUUCCUGUCAAACCGCGCUGCUGCAUAUUCGGCCGCCCGCGAUCACGAAUCCGCCCGCGCCGAUGCCGAAGCCGCUGUUAACGUCGACCCCAAGUACACCAAGGCCUGGUCAAGACUUGGUCUUGCUCGAUUCGCUUUGGGAGAUGCCAAGGGCAGUAUGGAGGCUUACCAGAAAGGCAUCGACCACGAGGGCAAUGGCGGUUCCGAUGCUAUGAAGAAGGGCUUUGAGACCGCCAAGAGGCGUGUUGAGGAGCUCGAGGCCGAGGACGGCGACGUUGCACCCAGCAGUCCCCGUGGAGGCGCAGGAGCUGGUGGUGCACCAGACUUCUCCAGCUUGGCAAGCAUGCUUGGUGGCAUGGGAGGCGGCGGUGGCGCUGGCGGAGCAGGUGGUGCUGGCGGUGGCAUGCCCGACUUGUCCAGCAUCAUGAGCAACCCCAUGUUCGCAUCCAUGGCACAAAACCUUAUGUCGAACCCCGACAUGAUGAACAACCUCAUGAGCAACCCAAGACUGCGACAGAUGGCUGAGCAGUUUGGUGGUGGUGGCGGCGCCGGCGGCGGCGGUGGCGGCGGCAUGCCUGACCUCGGUAGCUUGAUGAGCGACCCUAGCAUUGCGGAAAUGGCAAGAAACUUCAUGGGUGGUGCUGGCGGUGCUGGCGGUGCAGGAGGAGCCGGUCGCGGUGCAGGUCAAUAAACCGUUCCACAAACCGGAUCUGUUUAUAGUUUGGGGAAAGCGCACACAUUUUCAUGUAAAGAAAGCAAUGGAUAGACUCAUGGGUUGCAACGACGUUUACGAAGGGUACGUAAUUCACCAUUUCGCGAUACUAGCGUUUCAGGCAAGCACUUGUUCAGCAUCUCCAUAUACCGUGAACUGCAAUGCUACAGUGAUGUAACCCUA